CGAGGGUGGAGGGUGGAGGGUGGAGGGGAAAGGGGGAACCGUGGAGCCGGGAGCCGGGGGCCGGGAGGAGGCAGCGGCGGGCCUGUCUCUUUAAGGUGCCGGAGGCUCGCGGGCGGUGCGCGCAGAAGAGGCGCAGAGCGCGGCCUGCCUUCCCCGCCAGCUCCGCGGCGCCCGGGGCUCGGCUGACCCGCGGAGGGACCCCGCACGCUUCCUGGAAGUCACUUCUUUGAAGAAACAUGAAGUCAUACUCUGUGGUUCUGCUUACCAUUGGCAUCCUGGUGGUCCUGACAUGGUUGCCUGCGUCCCUGGCUUGUAACAAAGCGCUCUGUGCUAGCGAUGUGAGCAAAUGCCUCAUCCAGGAACUCUGCCAGUGCCGACCUGGAGAAGGCAACUGUUCUUGCUGCAAGGAGUGCAUGCUGUGUCUCGGCCCGCUUUGGGAUGAGUGCUGUGAUUGUGUUGGGAUGUGUAACCCUCGGAACUACAGCGACACACCUCCAACCUCGAAGAGCACAGUGGAGGAGCUCCACGAGCCCAUCCCGUCUCUCUUCCGGGCUCUCACAGAAGGAGACACUCAGCUGAACUGGAACAUCGUCUCCUUCCCUGUUGCUGAAGAACUCUCACACCAUGAGAAUCUGGUCUCAUUUUUAGAAACCGUGAACCAGCCACACCACCAAAAUGUGUCUGUCCCCAGCAAUAAUGUUCACGCACCUUAUUCCAGUGACAAAGAGCACAUGUGUACUGUGGUUUACUUUGAUGACUGCAUGUCCAUCCACCAGUGUAAGAUCUCCUGUGAGUCCAUGGGAGCAUCCAAGUACCGCUGGUUCCAUAAUGCCUGCUGCGAGUGCAUUGGUCCAGAGUGUAUCGACUACGGCAGUAAGACCGUCAAGUGUAUGAACUGCAUGUUUUAAGGAAGGAAAAGAUUGCAGACCAAAGCAAUGGAGCUAAAAAAAAAAAAAAAGAAAGAAAGAAAGAAAGAAAGAAAGAAAAGAAAAGAAGAAAGAAACUACCCAGCAAGUUCUCCUGGUGGCAUCAGAAUGCCAGCAAGCUAAGAAGAUGUAAAAGCAUUUGGACUGAGUUUCUUUGAAAGUCUAACAGGCUCGGUAAGAUGUCCACUUAGAGUAUAACUGACCUGACUCCUUGCUCGCAAUAAGCCCUUUCCUUUUACCUACACACAUGGACAACUGCAGUCACACAGCAGCAUCAUAGAAAAAUUCCUUGAGAGAUCAGAUGUUUCUAAUGUCAAACCGUAUACCUUUUUUUUUUUCUGGCAUCCCAGAAGUACUCUGCUUUGAAAACAUUUUUUUCAUCAGCAUUAUUUAUUGGAUGCUUAUUUGUGUGCAAGGCGCUAUGCUAGGCGCUGGGGAAGUUACAAAGCUGAGUCCAGUAAGACUGCCCUCAGAGCCACAGUCUAGUCUAGGAGCAUUCAGUUUGUGGAGAAGGUGAUCUCAGAUAUAUCUGUUACACACAUCCCUACAACAAAACUUAAGUUCACUUAGUUUCAUCCAUUUUCUUUUAGUUGAGCAGCUUCACAUAAAAAGCAUAAAUCUGAAAAUCUCAUAUUUCCACUCAUAGACAAAAUUUAUUUUUUGAAGACAUUUCAGUGUAAGUCGUGGAUUCUUCUUGUGUUUGCUCCAAGGAAUCCGAGUUCUUACAGGUCUAUGCCAUUCUUCACUGUGCCUUUUAUCCUUUUCUGGUCCGUAAAUAGUGCUGAUACUCAAACUUAUCGCCUCAAGAAUCACACAAAAUCAGCACAGAAAGCCUAAUUCCAAACAUUUGUAUGUUGGUUUUAUAAGUAAACGCUUCCCACGGUUUGCAACUUAGAAUCUACGUAGUAGGAUCCACCUUUGUCAUACACAGGCUGAUAAGACUUUGGAGAACACUUCUCCUCUUCUCCCGUCCUGCUGAUAAAAGCAGUAAUAAAGAGUUUCUGCCAGGAACUCUAGGUUGCACCUGUAAAUCUAUCAGACACCAUCAGGACACACACCUGGGAAAUUAAAUCGUCUCUCUGACAUCAAGUAUCAGCUUACAGAAUUCUGGGGUUGCCAAGUGACUGCCAAGUCAAGAGUCUUCGUAGAGGCUACAAACAGCUUGCCCUCUCGUGUGGAAAUGGCAACACCAGAAGGCCAUGCAGCAGUGGUUUUAUGGAUAAAUUACGCCUUCUGGACCUUAGCACAAUUCUCCCAAUGGCCUAGCUAGCGGUGUUAGUAUAAAUAUGAAAAUUUUCAGUAUCAACAAGGUUGAAAGUGCUAUGUCACUUCUGUUAGGAAACAAACUAAAAACUAUUUACAUGCAUUAUUUUGUAGUCUUUAGUUUAUACCUGGAUAGCAUGUUCUUACUAACCAAGUAUAUUUAUAUAGUACAAAGCCAGAAAUCUUCCUGUUUGAGAUGAUAUUAACUCCAUAUACAUCACAGAUAUUAAUUUUUUUCCAUAUUGCUUUGAUAAGUGUAAGUACUAUGAGCCCUUCAGAAUAAUAAAAUUCCAAUCUUUAAGCAUGAAUCUGGGCCAACUAUUUAUAUUACAGAAACUGCUAACUUUACAAAAGUAUAACUUUUUCAAGGGCAUAUUUGAAUUACUAGUAACUUUUUAGGAAAUAACUUCUCUAUAUAUCUAAAUAUUUUAGUAAAUAAAAGUAGAAUGCUUUUAGACAUUUUGUAUUCAUUAUCCAAACAAUAGUUAUAAGACCAUAUAUAAUAUUGUGAUUAAAUUUAAAGCCUUGAUACUGCUUUUUCUUCUUUUCAAUAAUGCUAAUGAAUAUUCAAGGUACUUUAAGCUUUUAAAAAGUUAAAACUGAUGUGGUUGUUUAGAUAGGAAGACAUGGGGAUAACCUUUCUCUUACUUUUACCAAGAAUGCCUUUGUUUAAAAGUGCCUUAAAAUAUUUUCUCCCUCUCUUCUUUAGUACCAAUAAAGUCCUGUUGGCUUUCUUGAACUUACAAAAGAGAAGGUGUUUAUGGAAUCUCUAAACAACUGCUUCAUUUCAACCUUGCUGUUUUGGAAAUGAUUCCAUGUGUAUAAGUGGAGAAUGGUUCUGUGUCUUUUGGCAACGUGUUUGAUACAUUGUUAGAUAUAUCUUCAAACAUCUACUGUCCUCUUAUCCUCUUUCUUAUAAAAUUUCAUUAUAAAAUUUUAAAAUGUAUCUUUUACCAUAUCACCACUACACAGGGAAGAUAAUUUCUUGAACCAUAUCAUGUUUUAACUGAUCUUUUUAGCUCUAUUUCUCCUAAUAGAAAUUAUACCUUAAUAUAAUGAUAUUUUAUUUUAUUUUUUGCCUCCAGGGUUAUUACUGGGUGCUCAGUGCCUGCACCACGAAUACACUGCUCCUGGAGGCUAUUUUUUUCCCCAUUUUGUUGCCCUUGUUGUUUUUAUCAUUGUUGUGGUUGUUAUUGUUGUUGGAUGGGACAGAGAGAAAUGGAGAGGAAGGGAAGACAGAGAAAGGGAGAGAAAGAUAGACACCUGCAGACCUGCUUCACCGCUUGUGAAGUGACUCCCCUGCAGGUGGGGUGCCAGGGGUUGAACCGGGAUCCUUAUGCCGGUCCUUGCGCUUUGCGCCACCUGCGCUUAACCCGUUGCACUACCGCCUGACCUCCAUUGAUCUUCUAUAUUCAAAUUUAAUUUCUUUUUUUUUUUUUUUGGUUAUGAAGGGGAGUUUGAAAUAAGAAAAAAAUCAUGUUAAAGCUUCCCUUACCAGGUUUCGAGUAACAAUUUUUUAAGUAUGACAUUUGGGGAGCCAGAAACUUCACUACAAUGUGGAUUUCUGUUACCACUUCAUUUUUUUUCAAUUUAUUUUUUAAUUCAUGGUUCUCACUGGGGCAUUAACUGCUCCAGGUUAACAUUUUCAGAUAGAGACAGAUAAAAAGAAAGACCGCGAUGGGAUACAGAGAUCUGGUGGUGGGAAUUGUGUGGAGUUGUACCCCUCUUAUCUUAUGGUUUAGUCAAUGUUUCUUUUUUACUGUUGUAAUUAUUCUUGUUAUUGAUGUCAUCCCCCUGCAGUUGGGGAGCCAGGGGCUCGAACAAGGAUCCUUAACACUGGUCCUUGUGCUUUGCGCCACUUGCGCUUAACCUGCUGCACUACCAAUGUUUCCUUUUUAUAAAUAAAAAUUUAAAUUAAAAAAAAAAGACAGCACCACACCACAGCUUCCUUCAAUGGGGUCAGGGCUGGGAUCCAACCAGAGCUGUCCCCACAGCAAGCAAGCACACUGAGUGAGCUAUCUUGCUGCCCUUCUAAGCUCAAUUCACUUUCAGAUAGUUGAAGCUCUGGUAAAAAUAAAUAAAUAAAUAAAUAAGUAAGUAAGUAAGUAAGUAAAUGAAAAAUAAAUUUAAUUAAUAAGUUAUUGUCAAAUACCACUCAAGUUUGAGUCGAUGGGUAUUAUAAAAGUCACAUCUAAAAAGUUCUUCUCUAUGGAAAAAAAAUAUGGCCUUGGUAGCAGAAUUUUCCAUCUUCUCCAGUGACAUCUCAUUAUUACUGAAACUGUCCUCAGAAUUGUGACACCAAAUCCCACAAUUCCUACAAAAUCAAGUCCUUGUUUACAUAGAAUGAUAUGCAAGAGGGACCUUCAUUUAGAAUGUUAACUUUAAAAAGUAAUAAUAAUAAUAAAGAAUGUUAACUUUAAAGUUUCAGAAAACAAAUUUGGUAAGAAUGUCACAGUAUUUGAAUAAUUACUUAUAAAUUGUAGCAGCAUUAAAAUGGAGGAAACAAAUGAAAGUUUCCUAAAAUUGAGAUCAUUGUAAAUAAGCGCAUAUUUAAAUUUUGUUUUCAAUUUUGAUGAUCUGUAAAAUCUAUUCUGUAUUCCCAAGAAUCUCUUUAGUGUAUAUUACAUGGUCUGCAAUAUGUAUAAUUCUGUAUUUUCCCCCUUUGGCUAUCCCUAUAAACAAAAAAUAUUUUAAUAAAAAAUUGAGUGUGUCACAA